UAGUCGGAGCUGGAUGUUUCAUAACAUUGGGUCGUCCUGGAGGGCCGUGUGUGAGCCUAGUCGAGUUCGUAUAUCGAGUGUGCAGAAAAGUUCUUCCUGGCUGGGGCAGGGGUGGUGUGCGUUUGAUUCCCGGUUGGUGUGAAAGAUAUUUUCCCAUUGAUUAAAUCGAAGCGAAGAAAAAGUGAUUCCGGUGCUAUCGAAUGAUAUGAAUUGUGGUUUGGGGCAAGCGAAAGGAUACGUGCUUGAAGAAGGCUCGGAUAAAUAGGCUAAUUAGAAGGUUACGACCGAGUAUUUGUGGUUUUUUCUUCGUUCGAAAAUCGUGAAGAACUGGCCAGAGGGUCCGCGUGGUGGGAGACGAAAGGGAGUCUUUUGCGGUUCCGAGAUUCCAGUCCGGGUCAGGACGCUAAUUUCGCUGUAGCGCGUUGUGAAAGUGCUAUGCAAAUUUCAUUUGUGCGGAUGGGCGUGAUUCGUUUGUGAACUGAAAAUAUACGCAAAGAACUGCCGAACAGGGGUUGGAUGUCAGCAUGCCAAUCUAGGUUCCGUAGUAUUGCAACACAGGAAAGAUUGUGCGGUACUGGGAAGCAGGACGUUCGGUUCGGGGUACUGAGUGGAACCAUCAUCUAACCCUAACGAAGGAGCAAGGAAAUAGCCAAGCAAACACAGAUCGAACACCAUGACUCUAAUUCUGUCCUGGCUGUUCAUUUUGGUGCUGAUCGUGCCGGAUUUGUCUUCUAGUUUGCUGCAUUGUCCAUCGCGAUGCCACUGCGACGACGAGAAGCUGGACGUCAACUGCGAAGAAGGCCAUCUGGACGUGGUUCCGAUUGCGCUGAAUCCUUCAAUUCAGCGGCUGGUAAUUCGGAACAAUAAGAUUCGGAUUAUCGAUUCCUCGGUGCAGUUUUACUCGGAGCUAACACUGCUGGAUUUGAGCUUCAACUAUCUGUUCAACAUUCCCGAUAGGACUUUUGCGCGGCAAAAUAAACUGCAGCAGCUACACCUGAACCACAACAAAAUUAGUGCCGUGUCAAACAGGACCUUUGUUGGGUUGAACGAGCUGCUGGUGCUUAAUUUGCGAGGCAAUCUGAUUGAUUUAAUUGAACCGAUGACUUUUACGCCGCUGACUAAACUAGAGGAACUUAAUCUGGGUCAAAAUCGAAUCACGAGCGUUGGUUUGUCGAUAGUUGGAUUCCAUGGAUUGACAGAUUUAAAGAUUUUGUACUUGGAUGAUAAUCGGUUAGAGGUAGUACCGCCCGAAGAGACCUUCCAACCGGUGGACAAGUUAGCUGAGCUCUACAUCGGAACGAAUUCGUUAAAUGAGAUUAAAAAUAGCGCAUUUGCUGUUUUGUCCGAGCUGAGUUUGCUGGACCUAAGGAGUGCAUUGUUGAGUAAUGUCACCAGCGAAACAUUCGCAGGCAUCGAAAACAUUAAAAGCCUCAAUUUGGCAGAUAAUCGAUUCCAGAAAAUUCCAUCUGAGGCGCUGGGAUUUUUAAAACGAUUAGAGGACUUAUCGAUUGGACAAAACUACUUCGAAACUGUGUCAGCUAAUUCGUUUAGAGGAUUAUCAAAUCUAAAAAGAUUCGAGCUGAGAGGUUCGCUAUUUUUAAGAAAAAUCGAAAAAGCAGCAUUCCAAACAAACACCAAUCUCGAAAGCAUUGCCAUCGACUCGAACAAAGCCCUGACCGACCUGGAAGAGGAAACAUUCUCGGGGUUGCUGUACCUGAAGCACCUGAGCCUGCGAAAUAAUGGCUUCGAACGGUUGGAUGAGAACAUGCUUUCCUGGAACAGUCUGCGGACGUUGGAUAUUUCGGAUAAUCCGAUAAAUUGCGAUUGCUAUUAUUCGAAGCUGCUGCACCGGCUGCAAACGGCUAGCAGGAUCAGCUACAAUGCAACCGGUUGCCCGCACCACCUGCCGGACCAGUGGGAGUGCGAGUACAUUUUGGACAAGAACAAAAAAGUGAUCUCGGUGCUGGUGCUAGCGGCGGCCCUCGUGACAGCCAUCGUGCUCACCUUCUUCCGUUUCCGCGGGCUGCUGCUGGAGUAUGCUCACAAUGGGUGUAAAAAUACGUCUCACGGCAGUGUUAGCGGCGGGGGUGGCAGUGGCGCCAGUGGCGUCCGACCGGUGGCCCUCACCGGUGGGGAACUCAACAGCGUGGAUUACGAGAAAGCCAUCACCGAGGACGAUUACGUGAUCCGGCAGAGCAAUUUGUACAGCAAUCAGGUGCAGCCGAUUCUCAACGGCUAUCCGGCCUACAUGCAGCAGGCUAAUGUCUACUACAAUAAGCCGCUCCCGAUUACCGAGUUAUAGUAUUGAAGGCUGGUCGAGUGUGAUGUCAGUGUGUGAAUUUUUUUUGAACCUUGGGCCCCGUGUUUAUGGUUGGUUGUUAGCUUUUUAAGUGGUGGCUAAUGAAAGGCUAAUCUCUGGUGGCUGGUGGUUGUGCUAGGUGAUCUACUGUUGGCUAUAAUCGGUGGGGUGUCCUUGAAUUUAAAAACGGUUUCGAUGAUGUUCGACUUGGUAAUUAGAUCAUUUAUGUUAUUUAUUAUUUGGGAAUUCUGUUUAAUUAAUGAAAUAAAUGACGUACUCUAAUAAACUUUAUAAAAUUUUAUUAGUUAUUAAAAACGUUUUUCAAAUUUGGUAAAUCAAUUUCCUCACAAGAAUUGUUUGCAGGCUUGUGAUUCAUCAUUUACCAAACCAAGAUAGGAUGCGUUACACUUUGCUGUAUUUUUUGUGAGAAGAAAAGGCAACAUUACAAUCCAACAAUGACGGAAAAAUAUUCUCCUUGUAUGUAAGAUUUUGAACAAACAAUUGAAAUGGUUUAAACAUUUAAGGUUGAUUAUUUCCAGAAUUCCGAUUCUAGUUUCUGCAUUCCUAGGGAGAGAUUUUAUAUGAUUGAUUAAGAAAAUUGAUAAAAAUACCUUAAAUCUCUAAUAACUAGUUUCCUCCUCUCGAUACCUAAUAUCUACAGAAAAGUAACCAGAAACAUAAAACCAUCGACUAAGAAUAAUACUUUUCUAGCAAGACUCGAACAAGAAUUGUUCUGAAACAUACAAAUGCAUAAGCAAAAGUUAACUGAUGUGAUACCUCAUCAAUACUGUGUGGAGAUUUUGCAAUUGUCGAUUGUUGUUGAAGCUGGGAUAAGGAAUGUGUCUUCGCUGUGACGAAACUCUUGUCAAGCGUACAAUUCCAAAUAUAAAAGACAGUUCCACGAAGGUAUGAUGUGGCAUUCUUGUAUGACGUACACCUAAAUCAAGCACACAAACAAAAUUAUUAUGAAAAUUUUCGUGGUUUCUUCUGAGUUCGAAAUAUUUCUGAAAGUUUUAUGUUUAAAGUUAAAUUUUAUGGUCUGUGCUGGUGAGUGGAUCUUCACCUAAAACACACUACAAAUUGACAUCUUUCUCCGGUUUUCUCCAAAAAAUUCGAAUUGUCCCCGCAGAUGUUUGGCCCUGGGUCCUUGAAUUAUUUAUUUGACCUUGAAUACACUACAUACUGCAUGACUACUGGGAUUAUACAAAUGGUUUAUUUCAACGAAUUUAGUUGUGCUGUUAUAGUAAGAACAAAAAACUAAACGAGCGAUUAGGUUACCGACUAAAUAAAUGCAAAACAUAUGUUUUACCUCAACCUUCUCAUAUAUAAAUGCGAAAAUCCGUAACGCAGUUGAUCUUAUGUAUAUUGAUCCCUGGGUUUCUAAGGCGUAGUUGACUAUAGAAUGGCCAAAUAUAACCCAAUAAGGAUAAUUUUUAAAACUUAUAUGGCACUCAAAAGCCGGGAACCAACUCCGAGGUACAAGGUACGUAUCCUCCGCGUAACGAAAACCUGACUGUAUUUUGAAGUACAAGAAGAUGACAUCCUGACUCUGAGAAACACCCCAAAAUGAUUAAAUUCCACCCAAUAUGAAGAUUUUCCAAAGUUUUUGAGUGUUUUUGGUACCUAAAUGAUGCUCAGAAUCUGAAGAUCAACUCCAGAAACAAUUCAAAGAUGGAGACUUUCGGCUCUGGAAAAAAGCUCCCAAUGACCAAAUAUCAUCCUCUAGGCUCCUCUGCCGGAAAUUGAAUUGCAAAAUGGCGACAGCCGGAGUUCCUAUUUUCACUUACCACGGGUAUUUCCUAUAGCUUUUGUGCAUUUCCGGAGCCGAAAUGGUCCCUCGAAACCGUCAGAGGCCGGAAACUGACCCACGAAAUCGUUUUUAAAUCCAAAUAGGCAACUUUCAAUUUCAGGAAAACAGCGUAAAAUGGCUCAAUACCAACCAAUAAGAAUAUUUCCAGACAAUUGAUGAUGCCCAGUGGGUAGAAGCUGUCCACAGAUGCCAUGAAUUCUGAUUACUUGAAAACAGCCCAAAAAUAGAAAACUGAGCCCGGAAAACGACUCAAAACACCAUUUUUAAUCGAAGAUGGCUGAAUAAGUAAUAAAAUAUAACAAAUGAUUCUUGACGCCUUAUGUUUCUACCUUUGAACGGAUUUUACACCCCACUGUCUUGAUCGAAAGAUGAAGAUUGCCAAAAAUCUUGUGAUAUAACAAUUGGCAUAGCUUUUCAAUAGUGAAUUGAUGAGAAGUUCAAUUGAAAAACAAAUAUUUCUAUUUAACUUCGCAGAAUGUCAAUCGACAGGUGAAGUUUUUCUCGAACUUUUGGUAUAAAAGUUUGCAUAUCUUUCCACCACUGACAGCCUGAAAAUAAUUGGAAAAGCAGCAGCUAUCCAAUCCCGAGCUCACUUUCUGUUCCUGAUGUUGGUUUUAGAGCUAUCUUCUAGCUAGCACCGCCUUUUUUCAAAUUCUGACAGUUUGUUUCAGUACGCCAUAUGAUUGUACGAAAAUUGAAUUUUAUUUCGUGUUGAAAUUUUGCGGAGCCGGACCGAUAGAGCUUUCAUAAACACAACAAUUUUACACGUAUUGUGUUGUGUUGCGGCUUGAAAGGAAGACAAUAAAAUUGAUCUAGUGUCGGAUAGCAGCAGAUACCAAGAGUACAACUGUUGCGUGUUGCAUAUUGUUGAGGUGCGACUGGCGGAAAAUUUUGUUCGUGCUGACGUGACUGGUGAUGUCUAACUAUAACCGUCUUUUUUAAGACGUUACAUCCUUUUUAAUGAAGUGCUGUUUACUUUCUAGAACAGAUUCAGCAUUGUUAGCAGAACAUGCCAAGCUUUUCUGUUUAAAAUCGGAUUAGUUUUGAAUAUUCAUUGUUAUUCGCUAUUCAUUGUAUGGUAUCAUAGAAGUGUGAAAAUCACACUACUAUGCAUCUGUAGCGGCUCCUAAUCACAGUGGCAGUUUGAUAAAAAAAUUUAACUAAGUUCUUUCAAACUUUCAAAUACAUGUAAUAGCCUCGAAAAACAAAAUUUACGAGUUUGUGUUUGAAUUUGCGAAAAAAAUCGAUAUUGUGGCAAGUUUCUUUCGAGCUAGUUUAUCGUUUCGUUGGAAAAUCGUUGCGUUUUUAUUUUCUAAUUAGUUAUUAUUUGCAAUUAUCAAAUAAAUAUACCAAGAUAUUAUUUGAUAUUUAUAUCUCUAUUAAUACGUUCCAAAACUUUCAAAAUUGUUGAAAGAAACAUUAAAUGAUUUAUAUAUUUAAUAUUUACAUUUGAUAAACCGGACAUUACGCUCAAUAACUACACAAUAGAGCUCACUGCAGUGCUUUUACUGUGUGUCUCUUGAGCAUAUACCAAAUGCGGGGAGCCUCUAGGUAGGAAAGCAGAUUGUGUUGUUUGCUUUGCAUUUCAAAAUUAAAAAAAUGAAUCUAGCCGUCUGCCAUGCAUGUUUUCUCUUCGAAUAUUAUCGAAUUUAUCUCAGCAGUGGUCACCGCGGUGUACUUCUGUGUACAGUUAGGUUUUCUUUACGCGGUUUUUUGAGGUUUUUUAGGUGGAUUUUUUAAAUUACGCGGUUUUUUAAGCGGAUUUUUUAAUUAACGCGGUUUUUUUACGCGAUACCGCGCUAAUUCAAAAAAAUGUUCACGGAUAUUCGAAUCAACGAGAGUUGGGAACCAGAAAUGUCUCAGUGUUUAUUGAGUAAAAGACUCAGCCAAAAAAAAAAAAACCUGGACUCCGGAAGAUCCGAAAUGACCGUCAAGAGGACAAUUUUAAAUACUGGUCGCAGAACGUCGCGGGUUUUUUUCUAAAGCCUUUCUUUGUGGUUCACUUUAUGCGGAUUUUUCAAUUACCGCGUUUUUUCACGCGAAUUUUUGAAUUGACGCGGUUUUUACGGGGUUCGUAUCACCCGCAGAAAAAAAAAGUGACUGUAUUCUCACUAGAGUGAUUCGCCACUCUUGUUUCACAGAGAUGUGGCGUAAGCAGAAAGUGCGUUAACUUUCCUGCGAACAGCAGAAACACAGCACAUAGCAGAUGGAAAAAAUUGCAACACGCAACACUUAUGCAGGGUAAGAAGUGAGCGGUGAUUAUUCCCUCUGCUCUUCCCACAUAUUGAGGAAAACAACAAACUUACAGAGCAUCAUGAGAAAUCGACAUUAAUGUUCGGUUAUCCUAAGUAAUUUUAAAAAGCUGUGAAAAAAACUAUCAUGAAUCAACGGGAACACUGUAAAUCAUCCACAAAUAUCAAAAGCGAUUGGAAAUCACUGAAAAUUAUUAGAAAUUAUUAACAAUUGAAAAAAAAAAGAAAAAUAUAUUGAAUAUAAUAAUUACCGAAUACCAUAUAACAUAAAAUCAGAGAAAAUCAGAGGUUACAAAAAUCUUAAAUAUCAACGAAAAAGCAAACGAAAUAAAUCGCUGCCAAAUUUUAAGAACAGAAAGUCACCAGAAAAAUAAUUGUAAAACAUUAUUAGCAACAGUUAUCAGAUAUGAUCAACAUUCAUAAAAAAUCAUUCUCCCGAAAUAAUCUGAAAUCAUGAAAAUCAUAUUCAAAUAUUACCAAAAGUUAACAAAAAUGUCGAAAAAUCACCAAAAACAAUAUAAAACUAAUUAUAGCCAGAGAAAUGAGAAGAAAUAAAGUUGAUUGAACAAUCAUCAAAAAUCGUUAGAAAUACUUUCGCAGGUUGACGAAAAACAUUAGUGAUUAUAAAAAAAAUAGUCGGAAAAGGUCAUAUUUUUUUUCUAAUUUAUCGUAAAGUGAUAAUCGAAAAACUACCAAAUUUAAUCAAUUAUCUCGAAACACUAAAAAUAUAAUCAAGAAUCUUCUGGAAUUAACAAAAAAAUGACUCUCUAUUAAUAGGAAUCAUGAAGCAGAAUUAAUCAUCAAUUAUUUGUGAGAAAUCAGCAGAGAUGGCCUUGAGUUAUCCAAGUUCGUCAAAAGUAAUCAAAAGUUGCCGGAGAUCAUCAAAACAGAUAAUCUAAAAUUACCAAAAAUCAUAAGAAAUCGACUAAAAAUAUAAACAAGUCAUAAAAAAGUCUGAAUCCAUCAAAAGUAGGAGGGUGGUAUCCAAGACGCGACCGCAUGACGUUGAAAUACGGUAUUUUUAUAUUCCAACAAAUAGUAGACGAAAUUGUAAAUCUGGUAUUUUCUGCAAUUUUAUUUAAAAGAGCAAACUUUACCGAUAAUUUAUGAUAAUCCUUUUACCGAUAAUUGUAUGAUGCGUAUGAUAUCGGUACAGUGCACAGUGGUGGAGGAAUGCAAUCUAGCGGAACAAAAUUAAUAACUCCCGAUCGUGUUGGUUUUUUUGAGAUAGUGUUUUCGGCAAUGUACAUGAAAAUCAUCAAGGAAUAUUUUUGUAUGAAAAUAUAUGUACUAAACAAGUACUAAAUUUUUUUUCUUCAGUUUGUCAAUUUAGAAGGAUGGUUGCUUUUACAAAGUUUUUUAUUAGCCAAUAAUGUGAAACUCUUCCGAAGUCACAACUAUUCAAGAAGCCAUAGUGUAUGAUAUAUUGAUUUUUCUAGACAACAUGGACAAAAAACUUUUAUUUUUAUUGUUUUUAUUUUUUGUAAGUGUACUAACGAACUCUAUGAGUAUCUAAUUAUAAAUCUCUUAACCUUUGAACUUUGCCGCAGAAUUAAAAUUACCAAAAAUCAUAAGAAAUCGACUAAAAAUAUAAACAAGUCAUAAAAAAGUCUGAAUCCAUCAAAAGUAGGAGGGUGGUAUCCAAGACGCGACCGCAUGGGUUGAAAUACGGUAUUUAUAUAUUCCAACAAAUAGUUGACGAAAUUGUAAAUCUGGUAUUUUCUGCAAUUUUAUUUAAAAGAGCAAACUUUACCGAUAAUUUAUGAUAAUCCUUUUACCGAUAAUUGUAUGAUGCGUAUGAUAUCGGUACAGUGCACAGUGGUGGAGGAAUGCAAUCUAGCGGAACAAAAUUAAUAACUCCCGAUCGUGUUGGUUUUUUUGAGAUAGUGUUUUCGGCAAUGUACAUGAAAAUCAUCAAGGAAUAUUUUUGUAUGAAAAUAUAUGUACUAAACGUGUACUAAACAAGUACUAAAUUUUUUUUCUUCAGUUUCUCAAUUUAGAAGGAUGGUUGCUUUUACAAAGUUUUUUAUUAGCCAAUAAUGUGAAACUCUUCCGAAGUCACAACUAUUCAAGAAGCCAUAGUGUAUAUAUUGAUUUUUCUAGACAACAUGGACAAAAAACUUUUAUUUUUAUUGUUUUUAUUUUUUGUAAGUGUACUAACGAACUCUAUGAGUAUCUAAUUAUAAAUCUCUUAACCUUUGAACUUUGCCGCAGAAUUAGGAUGGCUAUGGCCAAUAGUUUUUGAGAUAUUCAAAAAAACGAACAUUUUGGUGGUUUUUUUAAAUGUCAUAUCUCCAUUAGCGCACAAAAGCGCAACCUGAAACUCUCAGGGCUGAAAGAAUAUAAAACUAGGUGUGUGUAGACAAAAUUUCAGCCCGGAACUCCUUGGAGCUUUUACACCGUGAGUUAUUUUGUAAAACUCUUAAAAAUUUGAAAAAAAGUGCUAUUUUGUUUUCAAUAUUAUGCCAAAUGUCUUCGGAGACGUUAAAAUGAGUUAAAUAUGAACUCUUUUGGUCUAAAAAUAUUGAAAACUAAUCAAUACCAUAAAGGUAUCAUUGUUCAAACUGAUUUGUUCCUAUUCCUCUUCAUUUCUCCAUACAUUUAAAAAAAACUUAAAAAUCCAAGCAUUACUUUUUAAACUCAAACUUCAUUUUUAAACUUAAUGUUCCAUCUACUGUAAGAUUUUGGACUUCGCUCGGAAGAUAAUCAAUUAAAUGGUCUUUUCUUCUGUGAUGCGGAUCGUAUGUGAGUAAAAGGCAUUUGGGUGGUUGAAGGUGGUUGAAUUUGAGUGUAAUUCUCGAUCAUUUUUGACGGAGUUUUGCCUUUUCUGAACUUCUUCUGACAUCAAACCAAGUGGCACCGUACUGUACAUUAAUAGUCUGUGAACUGUCGGUGAAAACGGAUAAAAAGAAUACAACUCAAUUAUGCGUUAUUGAUUAGCAUUUUAAAAAGUAUCCUAUUAAAAAAAAAACAAUUCAUAAGACUAAAAUAGUUCAUUGUAAAUAUUGAACUAAAUAUUUUAAGACCAAAAGAGUUCUUAUUUAAUUCUCUUCAAAAUCUCCGUAGACAUUUGGCAUAAUAUUGGAAAAAAAUAGCACGUUUAUUCCUAAUAUUGUAGAAUUUCACAAAAUUACUCACUGAGUAAAAGCUCCAAGGAGUUCCGGGCUGAAAUUUUAUCUACACACACCUAGUUGAAUAUUCAGCCCUGAGAGUUUCAGGUUGCGCUUCUGUGCGCUAAUAGAGAUAUGACAAUAAAAAAAUAUCAUCGACAUUUUCGUUUUUUACAAUAUCUCAAAAAAUAUAGGCCAUAGCCAUCCUAAUUCUGCGGCAAAGUUCAAAGGUUAAAAGAUUUAUAAUUAGAAACUCAUAGAGUUCGUUAGAAUAAUUAAAAAAAAAAUAAAAAUAAAAAUAAAAAUAAAAGUUUUUUGUUCAUUUGUCCAAAAAAAUAAAUAUCUCAUACACUAUGGCUUCUUGAAUAGUUGUGAUUUGGGAAAAGUUUCAUAUUAUUAACUAAUAAACAACUUUGUAAAAGAAACCAUCCUUCAAAAUUGAGAAACUGAAGAAAAAAAAUUUAGUACUAGUUUAGUACACGUUUAGUACAAUUAUUUUCAUACAAAAGUAUUCCUUGAUGAUUCUCAUGAACAUUGCCGAAAACACUAUCUCAAAAAAUCAACACGAUCGGGAGUUUUUAAUUUUGUUCCGCUAGAUUGCAUCACUGGACCACUGUGCAGUGUUGGAACGACAAUGAUGGGCUGAAAUGAUCGAAUGGUACAUACCUCUUAUAUCAAGGUUUCGUCAGUUAUUUGGAAAGAGGGGGAAGUUUAGGAGAACAGGUAAUGGCAAGGAAAGUGAAACAACUACAACAAAUCGUUUACAAAGUCAGAUCGGUUGUAUCCGUUAGUGUCAGCUGUGCUUGGGAAGAGAGGUAGUGAUUGGUUGCUCGGUAUGAUUCAGACAAUCGAUGUUUUUUACCAAUUUUUCAAUAGUGUAUCUUAAACAACAGGUUGUUUUUGUUACAUAAAUUUAACCGUGAAAAAAAUUCUGAUUGGUUGAACCCAAAAUCUCUUUAUUCUGAAAAGUAAUGAAUGAUAUAUAGGCGCUCAAAACCUGACCACUUUCUCUGAUUUUCCCUGUUUGAGUUACUAGAUUUUCAAAUUUCGGUGCCUAACUUCGAGAUAGACGUUAGUCCAACGUAAAAACUAAUUAUAAAUCACUACAAAAACUGUUGAAUAAUGUCAAAAAAAAAAAUCGGAUAUGAUAAAAGACAUUCAAAAUUCUUUGAAUCUACCUCAAAUCAGCAAAAAUCAACAUCGGGAGUCAUCAGUGCAAAAGUUAUAACUUCGCCAGGGACUUGUGGUUUCAGAGCAAUAUGGAGAAGUUGCUUGAAAACUAGGGUGGUUCUAGGGCAUAUUUCGAAAAUUGAAACGUUCAUAGCAUUUCAGCCGUAAAAGAUAUCUCAAAAGUUUAGCCACCAAACGUUGCGUCUUUUAAAGUUCUGAGAGUCAUCUCUACUGAGAAAUUUGAAUUAAAAAAAAUAAGAGUAAACCAUUGUUUUUUCAAAGUCGCCUUAAGCAAAAUUGCUCUAAUUCAGCCAAUUCAAAAUCUACAAAAAAGUAGUCUUCUACAAAGUUACUUAAGAUAAUGUGAUCUACAACUUCAUUGAAAGUAAUAUGACAUUUCUUUUCAAACAAAAAUUUUAAUUAUUUUAUUUCGCUGAUUUUAGGACCACCCUACUUUUCACUUCAAUUUAAAUGUAGACCUACUUAAAAGAAGCAAUUUCUCCAUGUACAGUAUGGCUCUAAAAACACACGAAAAAAUCGAAAACUUAUUUUCCGCCUAAAUUAUCGUGGAGCAAAAUUGAAAAAGUUACUAUUUCAGAUUAUGCACCAGAAUGUUGCGGCAAAUGUCUGAACGUUUGUGGAAACGACGGAAUGUUAAGUUUUCACCAAAUUUUAAGAAGAAGGCCGGUACAUCUUCUCCCACUCACGAGCCGUAAGUCAUCUAAAAGAGAUGACUUACGCCGGUCAGCUGUUGAGGCGCGUACCUAUUUUGUAUUACUACAUGUACAAUGUUUUUUUUAGUGUAAUCGAAUGUCAAAAGAUGAAUAACGAUCCUAUUAUAACAGCUACAUAUGUUUAUUCGAUCGAGUAAUUUAAUAUGUUGGGAAAAUAUCUAAUAAUUUGCCUUAAACGAUUAUAACAAAAUUUGAGUAUCCCGUCAAAGUCAUGUUGCAAACUAUAUUAAAAAUUCCGUGACGACAAAAAAAUCAUCAUACCCAUAAAAAAAUCAGAAUUGAAAAUUACCAUAAAGUGCGAUUUUUGCUGCAUUACUUUCUUCAACGAUGUUUUGAUGUGCUUUUGCAUAUAAUCUCGAACCACUGCUGAAGAAGAGCGUUAGCCCCGCAAUUAUCUUGUGUUUCUUACGGUUAACUGGAUGUCUUUAUCGAAUAAAAAAGAAGAUCAAAUUUCGCGUCGAGAUGUAGGAUCUAAGUUUUGCUUGCUCGCACUUAAUCAUUUUUUUUUAUUGGUUAAAAUCAUGCUAAAGCUAUGCUAGAAUCAAAAUCUACAUCGACCAAGUACUAAUCUAAGCUCAAAAUUCGUUUAAAUCAAUUUUUGCCGAACAACUUUCAUGCGCCAAAAAACCAUUUUUCGUUUAUUUUGGCGGUGCUCGAUUUUGUUUUUAAUUUCGAGGCUUUGUAAACUAGUAGAAGUACCUAUCAUCGAUAUCGUGUUUCAAAUUUGUAGUAUAGAGGUCGCUGCAUCAAGUUUCGACCGUUAUAGCGUCUGUACAGCACGUGUUUACCCACGAAUUCUAUUUGUUUAGUCGAUCAGCCGUUCUCGUUGUGUACGUCUUUUUUUUGAGUUUUUUGAUACUUUUUAACUGUGAGUUAAAUUCAAAGUACUUAAAUAUGGGUGACAAGUUUGAGUUUUGCGUGGGACCGGACGCCAACCGUGUCAAAAUCACUGAGCGUCGCAUGUCUGAUACCGCGAAAGAGGGUAGGCGCAGCCUUAGAUCAGAUAAAAACCAAAAUUAAUCCACCUAGCGGUCAGACUCAGCCUUUCUCAUUCAAACUUAUUAUUUGUAAAAAUAGAUUUACAUGAAUGCUUAAAUCCAAACAGGUAUAUUCACUCUUUGGGCUCUAAUAUAUUGAUGUUGUAAUUGAAGUAUAAAAUAUGAAAUUUGACGUAAUGUUAGUGCUUCAGAAAUAGCGAAAUAUAAGAAAUGACUCUUAAUUUCGAACAAUUCAAUCACGAGCGAUACCGGGAACGUUCAUUUAGUACGAUACCACAUUUAAAUCAUGUUUAGGCCAUAUAUAUUGAUCAAAGCAGCUAUAGUGUUGAAUAGUCUUUGAAUUUAAUUUCUUUACAAAACUUUUGAACAGUAUAUCAAAUUUUUAAGAAGUUUGUUAUUUGUAAGUUUGAGAGAUGACUCGUUUGUAUGACACUAGUUAUGUUCAAAUAAGUCGUGUAAUACUUGAGAUAAUAGACUUUCGUUGUUUUACAAAUUAAAACAUAACGGUUGCUUAAGUUUGAUUACAAUAAAAUGAAAAUGGAACGUAUGGGGGAGCCAAACUUUGAAACCACGUGUUCAAUCAUAAUUCAUCAGUUAACCCUUAACUAUCCCGUUCAUUCGAUAUCAACAUUGUUCAAAUCUGUUGUGUAGUUUCUAAGAUAAUGAAGUUUAGUGAUUUCCACAUUUCGAUACAUUACAGACGAAGUUACAGUCCGAUUACAGCAAAAUUCAAUAGGGUGUUAUGAGGCAGCUAGACCUUUCAUUUGAUACUAAUUCUGUGGAAAUCGGGUAAACCAUCUAUGAGAAAAGUGAGUGAGCCCAAGUAGUCAUCAGAAUAUGUUUCUUUUCAUAGCUGGAUUUCACAUUUUUAAACAUGACAGGAAAAGUAAUAAUCCGUUCGCAAAAAAAAUCAUUAGGGUCUUAUGGGGCAACAAGACUUUCCAUAUGACACUGAUUUUAUGAAAAUCGGUCCAGCCAUCUCUGAGAAAUAUGAGUGAGAUUAAACAGUCUCCAGAACACGUUUCUUUCUGUAACUUCUGAACCAUAUGUUCAAUCUUCAUAAAAUUCAAAAGUUGAGGGUUUUUAGGAAGUCCGUUCAUUUGAAACCAAUUUUAUUGAAAUCGGUUGUGUGGUUUCUGAGAUAUUGAUGUUUCGUGAUUUUUACAUUUUGAUACAUAACCUCUAAACUAAAAAUCCGAUUACAAUGAAAUUCAAUAGCAACCUAUGGCGCAACUAGACCUUUCAUUUGCAAUUAAUUUUAUGAAAAUCGGUCCAGCCAUCUCUGAGAAAAAGUGAGUGAGAAAAAAAAGUUGCACAUUCACACACACACACAUACACACAUACACACAUACAUACAUACAUACAGAAAAUGCUCAGUUCGUCGAAAGAAGUCGAGUGGUAUAUGACACUCGGCCAUUGGGACCACUUUUAUACCUUCGGUUUUUCCAGUGAUUGCUAUACCUUUCUAGGAGAAAGGCAAAAAGGAAGAAGAGGAAGAUAAAGCCCAAAAAGGUCAACUUUAAGGCUCAAGGUUAGCUGACUGAAGGUAAGAAAAAUAUUAGGGGCUUUGCUGUUGCGAUUCUUAAGAUUUAUAGCAAUUUGAAACUUUAAACGCGUUUUUCUCAAAACCAUGUUUUCAAAAUCGGCGAGCAGUAGAACUGAAAAGUUAACAUCCGAUUGACUUGAAAUUUUAACUGUAGCUUUUUCAUUAGAUUAUCUAGUGAAGUACUCACGAUUUAAGCGAUUGAUUAACAACAACUAAAGUUAUACACAAUCAAAGUCGAUUUUUUUUGUCGAAACAGAACUUUUUUUUUCAAACCAUUUUGCGAAGAAAAAUUCUAAAAAUAUAAUCAUGUGUACUUCACUAGCGACACUUAUGUAGAAAAUGAAAAUAAAUUUGUUUUGGUUAUAGGUGGAGUUGGGCACGACUUCUACUGCUCGCCGCGAAACAACUUAAAAAAAAAGCGGUUCACGGCAAUCGCUGCACAGCUGCCAUUUUGUAACAAAAAUAGCAAUAAAAAUAUUUUUUCUAUUCAGCAAGAGUUGCUCAAUCCAAUGAUAUAUUAUAUAUAUACCUUACAUUUCAAAUGUCCUGUAAAAAAAAUUCAUAGGAAAAGCCUUGUUUUUUUGAGCAUUUGGUAGAUAUAACCCCUCAACUCAUCUGUGAGGUUCAAAUUCUGUUCAUCUUAAUGGUGGAAAUAGAGGACGAAAUUUUUUAAAACAUUUAAUUACAUUCCAAGGACCAAGAAAAAUAAAAUUUAUUUAUUAGGUUGUGUAGUUUGAAAUCAGUCAACCUGUAUCACAUGUUAGGACAUAUUUAAAAAUCUAUAUAUUCAGAUAUCAAUGAAAAUAAUCAUUAGAAAUUAUUUAUCAUCAACUACAUGAAAUCUUCAAAAGUCAUCACAAAAUCAUAGAAAUUAUCGAAGGUGGUAAAUUUUAUUGAAGCAUUAAGAAACUCGAAAAUCUUCAAAAAUCCCCGUCUAAUCAGAAAACAAUUUGGAAAUAAUAAAAGUUUUGAGUUUUCAGAAAAAUUAGAAAAAAUCAGAAUGCAUCAGAAAUUUUUCGGGAAUCACCAGAAUUCGUUCAUAAAAUAAGAAAUCGCCAAUUAAAACAUAUCAUUUGCCAUGAAAAAUAAUAGGAAAUUAUUAAAUAUUGUCAACAGUUCCACAACUAUUAGAAAUCAUUAAAAGUAUGUCAAACAAUGAUAAA